UUCGUAGAAUUACAGUAUAUCAGAUUCUCUUGUUAGAUUACUAACAUCAAAAGAUAAUGUACCAUUAAUAUACAUAUACACAUGAAUUCUAUAGAAGUACAAGCAACGAUCAGAGCAAAAUAGCACAACCAGGGGAGUAAUAAAAUCAUAACCUUUGUUGCAUUGUCAAAAUUCUUCCUUGGGUCUCAUAAAAGGAACACAGGCAUAUUUUGUGUGUGAGCAAUCGUGGUUGUAAUUCAAUAGCAUUCACAGGCUAAACAGCCUGAUAGAUUGUUGAACUUCAAACUAACUGCCACUCACAGAAACACAAACAAUCGACCAAAAGCCAAAUGACAAGUCCUAAAACACCAAACGUAAUUUAGGGGGGUGUAUUCAAUUAAGAUUCUAUGAGAUUUUUUUGUAUUUCAAAAGUCUAUAGGUAUUCAAUUCAGAUUUUCAAAAGUCCUUAAAAGUCUGUUGGUAUUCAAUUAGGAUUUAAAAAUAUCCAUCAAAUUCCCAUGAUAUUCAAAAGUUAGUAGACUUUCAAAGACUCUAUUAUCUCAUUGAUUUUGUAGGAUUGUUUAGUGCUUACUAUAAAUACCAAAACCCUAAAGAAAUCUUGCCACACCACAAGAGAUUUUGACGUAUUCUAUUUCUUCACUUCGAAGAUGAAACAUCAACAUCAAGAGGAGAAGAUGAACUGACCUUGACAGACGGUGACCUCAACGUUUCUCCUUUCUCUGAUAACCAAUUGGUACUUGCUCUUUCUCAUUAUAUAUUCUUUUUUGUUAUCUAGCUCGUUUCAUAUUUAUUGAUUAUGAGAAUUGUGAAUUAGAUCUUUUACUUUAUUUCUUAUGUUGGAAUAGAUAAUCUGUGUUUGUAAUAUGACAAAAUUUUGAUCUUUUGAUCGUGAGAGAACUAGUACAUGAUUAUGAGAGAAGUAGUAACAUUAUAUAUAUAUAUAUAUAUAUAUAAUUGCAUUCUAUCUUUCGACUUCUUCCGGAUUGAAAAGUCAUAAAGCAAUAUAGCUCAUAGUGAUUAAAAUGGUUAUAUAUAUAAGGUAGAAGAUGGUGAUCAUCAUGUAGUCAUUUACUUUAACUUGGUAAUGAUUAUGAUUCAAGUUUUAUGUGGCAAAAAGUCUUAUCUUUGUAAUCAAAUGUAUUAUUUUUUUUCAUGAAUUUGAAGGAGCCGUGGGUACAAAGAGACUCUUUUUUCCACCAAUUUACUUACCCUAGUUCUGGGACAUAUGCCUUGCUCAUUUACCCUAACCUGCAUGAAGUCAAUCUUGAUACACAAGAAUUUCAUCCCCUUUUUGCUUCUCAUGUAAUAUUUCCUAAGGGGUUUUCAAUUAGGUUUGACAUAUAUUAGAUCGGCGUGCUUAGACAAAUAGAGCAUACUCCAAUAUAACUUGUGUUCCUUUAUAUACACAAGCUAUAUAUAUAUAUAUAUAUAUAUAUGCCUACUUGUAUCAAUGCUUGUUAUUGUCUCAAGCUAUGAUUUUUUGGCUACAGGGUAUUGUUUAAGUCUUUAAUAAAUGUUCACAAGCUCUAUCUUAUUUAUACAUUGCACUCUUUGUUUGGUGUUUGAUCAUAGUAUCAUAAUCUUCUCCUCUGUAACAUUUGGUCUCUUAAAUAUAAAAACAAAUACAUGCUUGGUUUUUCUUUUUUCAUAUCAUUUGUUUUGAGCAUGAAUACAUUGUAGUAUAUAUAAACUAAUAAAAAAUUUACUGUAUAUAAACUAGUCAUAUUACCAUGGGUGAUACUCAACAAGAUGUCAAAAAAAAAGGGAACUAUGAACAGUGGACUAAGGAAGAGAGCAAUGCAUUGUUAGAACUCAUGGUUGAUGGUGCCACUCGGGGAUGGCGUGACAAUAGUGGAAUUUUUACCAAGCAAACAGUAGAAGAAAUGAUACUUCCUGCUCUUAACAACAAACUUGGGUGUCAUAAGACCUACAACAAUUACCAAAGCCGAUUGAAAUGGUUUAAAAAAUGUUGGUCUGCUUAUAAUACUCUUUUCCGAUUCAGCUCUGGUUUUGGGUUUGACUCAAAUACAAAGAAGUUCACUGCAUCAGAUGAAGUAUGGGAAGAUUACAUAAAGGCUCACCCUACCUAUUCUCAUUUCCGCUAUGGAUCAUUUCCUGAUUAUGAAGACUUGGAAUUGGCUAUUGGGAAUGGUGUUGCUGUUGGAAAAAACUCAAUUGGGUUAGGUAAUAAUGUUACUGAUGCAACGACAUUAGACGUUGGUGAGAGAGGAGAUAUAAGCAUAGAUAACUUUGAGUAUGAUGUUGAGAAUGAAGUGUUUGUGAGGCCAACUCAAAAUGAUCCAACAUUACGCUCUUCAUCACCUCUAGGAUGUCCUGAAGUUUUAGAGGUUCCCAAGCAUAGAAGAAACAAAAACAAAAGAGGUAGAGCUGAGUAUGAAGGAAGUUCUAGCUCAAGUGGAAACAUCUCUCAAGGUGGCAUUAUGGAACAACUUAAUAAACUCACGACCACUUUCGAAGGAGUUUACAGCCUUUUGGAGAAAAGAGAAAGUCUAUUAGAGAAAAGAGAAAUGGAGAGAGGAUAUACAACUUGGGAUGUCAUCAUGGAGAUUCCAAAUUUGGAUGAAGAUACUUGUUUAAUGGCGUUUGGCUUGCUUAACACCAAAACAAAAAAGGAUGGCUUCUUGAAGAUGACUUCUACACAGCGAGCAAACUGGAUAUUCCGCAAGAUGCAAGAGCAAUAG